AUGCUUCCCAAAUUCGCAAAAGCAUUCCGUGGGGCGGAAGAAGACGUCGAAAAGGCUCCUCACGUGAACAAUGGCCUCGCCUCCGAAUCCAGCAGCAACGAGCAGUACGAUACCUCGAGCGACAACGCUGUGCCUGGCGAGAGCUUCGAAUAUGGCAAUUCAACCUACGCCAAGAUCCAGCGAUUCGCCGGCAAGUUCCACAUUGAACAGCGAGGUGUCGAGCGCGUCCCAGAAUCGGAACGGACCGAUGACUCGUACCUGAACAUUGGCAGCAUGUGGCUGGCCGCAAAUAUGGUCUCUAGUUCCUUUGCGAUUGGUGUUCUCGGCAAAUCGGCUUUCAGUCUAGGCUUCGUCGAUGCUAUCUUGGUGUGCCUUUUCUUCAAUCUGCUCGGUGUAAUGACCGUCUGCUUCUUCUCGUGUUUCGGUCCGGCAUUCGGAUUGCGCCAGAUGGUGCUUUCGCGAUUCUGGUUCGGAUGGUGGGCUGUGAGAUGCAUCGCCGUCCUCAACGUUAUCGCCUGCGUGGGUUGGUCCGCCCCCAACGCCAUUGUCGGCGCCCAGCUCUUGAACGCCGUGAAUAGUAACGUACCAGGAUAUGCUGGUAUCCUGAUCAUCACCUUCUGCACACUGUUCAUCACCUUCGCCGGAUAUAAAGUCGUCCACGCUUACGAGUACUGGAGUUGGAUUCCGACAUGUAUCGUUUUCUUCAUCGUGCUGGGCACUUUCGCUCACUCAGGCGACUUUGUGAACAUCCCGAUGGGUGUUGGAAUGUCCGAACUUGGCUCUUGUCUCUCCUUCGGAUCAACCGUGUACGGCUUCGCAACUGGCUGGACCAGCUACGCCGCCGACUACACCGUGUACCAGCCCAAGACUCAGAGCCGCCGUUUGGUUUUCUUCUCUGCCUGGCUCGGUUUGAUUGUCCCUCUGAUCUUCACUCAAUUCCUCGGUAUUGCCGUGAUGUCCGCUACUGCCAUCGGCGACGGUGUGAACAACAAGUACGCAGAGGGCUACGCGGCCUCUCAGAACGGUGGCUUGAUCGGAGCUGUGCUCGAGCCUCUUGGUGGUUUCGGCAAGUUCUGUUUGGUCAUUCUCGCUUUGUCUAUCAUUGCCAACAACUGCCCCAACAUUUACUCCGUCUCAUUGACUCUGCAGGUGUUGGGCAAGUUCACCCAGCGCGUGCCCCGUUUCAUCUGGACCUUCUGCGCCUCAUGUGUCUCUCUCGCCAUCGCCAUUCCUGGCUACUCUCACUUCGAGGUUGUCCUUGAAAACUUCAUGAACCUCAUCGCAUACUGGUUGGCCAUCUACUCUGGCAUUGCCAUCUGCGACCACUUUGUGUUCCGACGCGGAUUCGCUGGCUACAACCCGGACGAUUACGACAAGCCUCACAAGCUGCCCAUGGGCAUUGCUGCCUCCGUUGCUUUCUGCUUCGGUGUUGCCGGCGUGGUCGUGGGUAUGAGUCAAACAUGGUGGACGGGCCCCAUCGCUCGCCACGCUGGCGACCCAGCAUUUGGUGGUGACGUCGGUUUCGAGCUUGGCUUUGCCUUUGCUUCAACAAUGUAUUGCAUCUUGCGUCCGAUCGAGAAGCGUUACACUGGUCGGUAG